AAGAAGAAGAGAGAGGGGGGAAAGGAAAGGAAAGGAAAGGAAGCUUUAUAUAAAUCAAGGAGUCAGAAACAGCGUGAAGAAGAGUGAAAGAUGGAGACGAAGCAGACAGAGGUCUUACAACUGUUCGAACGAUUCAAAGCAGCUUUCAUUCGGAAUGAUUUUGAUGCUUGUGAUAAUCUCCUUUCUCAACUCAAGGUCUUACUGACAGAGUUUAAAAGCCUUCCACCAUUGUUUGAAGAAACACCUAAUGCAAUCAAUGAGUUGACAAUAGCAAGGGAUAUAUAUGAGCAUGCAGUUGUUCUAAGUGUGAAGAUUGAAGAUCAGGAUGCCUUUGAGAGGGACUUCUUUCAGCUGAAACCUUACUAUACAGAUGCAGGUGGUCGUCUUCUACCAUCCCGUCAGGAGUACCCGAUCUUAGGUCUCAACCUUCUGAGACUCCUUGUGCAGAAUAGAAUUGCUGAAUUUCACACCGAACUGGAAUUGCUAUCCACUGCUGCUCUGGAGAAUCCUUGUAUUAAGCAUGCUGUAGAACUGGAACAAUCCUUCAUGGAAGGAGCUUACAAUCGAGUGUUGACUGCUAGACAGACGGUACCCCAUGAAACUUAUGUUUAUUUCAUGGAUUUGCUGGCAAAGACAGUGAGAGAUGAAAUAGCCGGGUGCAGCGAAAAGGCUUACGACUCUCUUUCUAUUAAUGAUGCUCGACAAAUGUUGCUGUUCUCUUCUGACCAAGAACUUUUUGAAUAUAUCAAGGAGGAGCAUCCCGAGUGGGAGAUAAAGAAUGGGUUUGUAUUUUUCCAGAAAGCAAAAGAAUCCGCCCCUUGCAAGGAGAUACCAUCUUUGCAGCUCAUUAAUCAGACACUCAGCUACGCAAGGGAGUUGGAGCGGAUUGUGUGAGACUAAUACAAAACUCAAGUCCGAUGAAAGGAAAAUGUUGUCGGGAUCAUUUUUUGAAUUCUAGUUUAGUUUCCAUUGGAAGCAAACAUUUGGACCUUGUGUGUCUUGGCUCUCUCAUUGCUUGUGGAGAUAGUAUUUUAAUUCGUUUCACAGCAUUGAGUAGGAAUGAACUCAAAAUUAAAGUAACAGCUUGCAGUUAAUUUUUUUUUUUAAUCAAAAAAUGGUGGUUGUAUCACGCGUGUUGCGUUUGGAACUUUGGAUAUAUUGUAUUCCUCAAUGUUAACAGGUAAACCAUAUGAUGAAAAUGGCUGGAAGUCUGACAAUAUGAAUUUCUUACCCACUGA